AUGGAGAAGAUCAGUGGUCCUAAUAGAUAUCUUGCACUCUACUUCGCCUCUGCAAUUGCAAGUUCAGCGAUGAGUUAUUGGUUCAGUGAGGCACCUGCAGUUGGUGCAUCAGGGGCAGUCUUUGGAUUAGUUGGAUCUCUUGCUGUCUUCGUCAUGAGGCAUAGAGGUCUGGUUGGACGUGGAAAAGAAGAUCUACAGCACAUAGCACAUGUAAUUACCGUAAAUAUGGCUAUGGGGUUUUUCUUCAAAGGCAUUGAUAACUGGGGACAUUUUGGAGGCUUGCUCGGUGGAGUUGCCACAUCAUGGCUUCUAGGUCCUGCAUGGAAGUACGAAUCUCCCUCCAGUGAUGGUCGAAGAAUCUUUUCUGACAAGGCUCCUAUUUUCUACCUCAUCAACGCAAAGAAGAGAUCCUAG